AUGGGUAAGACAUCUGAAGGGGGUCCCUCUACAAUGUGGGAUAAAGAAGUCACCAAUAUAUUUUGUGAUCUAUGUAUAAAAGAAAUUGAGCUGGGGAACAGACCUACAACGUACUUUAAUAAGGAGGGCUGGAAUAAUAUUGGUAUGAGGUUCAAAGAACUAACUGGCAGAGAUUACGACAAGCUUAAAUUCAAAAAUAAAUGGGACCAAUUAAAGAAGGAAUUGAAAACAUGGAAGGAGUUGAAACGUGAAUCUACAGGUUUGGGUUGGGAUCCGAUUAAACGGAUAAUUGAUGCUCCCGCUGAAUGGUGCACUGAAAAAUUGGAGCGUAGCACUACUCGCAUUCCCCGCAUGACAUCCACCUUUGUUGGAGAUAGAUGGGAUUCUUCUAGAACUCUGUCUUGGGAGGUGUUGGCUAUAACACUGUACAUUCUGACACAGAAUGAGUCAAUUCGAGGAGCUAUGGAAAGAUUUCAGCAUUCAUUUGAAACAAUUAGUCGUUACUUUUCAAAAGGGAUACAUGCACUUGUUAGCUUAGCAACUCAAAUAAUUAAACCAGAGGAUCCAUCAUUUGCUACCACUCCAGAACAAAUUGCCAACGAUCCUCAAUAUAUGCCAUAUUUCAAGAACUGUAUUGGUGUAAUUGACAGUACACACGUUGAUGCCCGAAUACCCAACCACGAGAAUGUAGCAUACAUCGGUCGUAGUGGUUCAACAACGCUAGUGGUUCAACAACGCACAACGCAAAAUGUCAUAGCCAUAUGCGACUUUAACAUGUGCUUUACUUUUGUGGUUGCGGGCUGGGAAGGGAGUGCACAUGACAGUCGAAUUUUCUCUUUUGCCACGAGGAAUAGAUCGCAGUGUUUCCCUCACCCCUCAUCAGGAUAUCCUAUGCAAAGAGGAUACCUAAAGCCCUACUUUGACUCGAGAUAUCAUCUUCCUGAUUUUGAGCGAGCUAGUGGCACAGUUUGUGGCAGAAAUGAAAUGUUUAAUAAACGCCACUCAUCUUUACGCGGGGUAAUUGAAAGAACAUUUGGAGUUUGGAAGAAGAAAUGGGUCAUCUUACGUGAUAUGUCGUCGUAUCCUUUCCAAAAGCAGGUGUACAUUGUGGUUGCAACAAUGACACUACAUAACUUCAUUCGAAGACAUUCCUCGCAAUCAGAUACAGACUUCAGUAUGGCUGACAAUGAUGAACUCAAUAUUUUCGAGCAACCAACAGGACUUGUGGGGGUGCAUUCAUUACCUGAAGAGGAUAUAGAAUCUAAUGAUUUUGGAGAUCAAGAUGCUGAAAGUUUGGCUGAUAUGAUUGCUUUAAGGGAGUCUAUCACAGAUGAUAUUUGUGGCUGUUGA